AUGCCUCUCGUUGUCUCGAUUCACCGGCGUUUACACGGUCUUCGUCAAAGCCAUGAAGUAAAAUUCUACUGGGACAAAUCACACGUCGGUAUUGAAGGAAAUGAGCUUGCCGACCAGCACGCAAAAGAAGCCGCAAGUACAACAGCUGAAUUCUCAUACGCCGCAUACCCGAUAUGCUAUCCCAAGCGGUUAAUACAGUUAGAGAUGCUCGUAGAAUGGCAGCGUGAAUACACCGAAGAAACAACUGGCUCUAGCACUAAACAUUUCUUCCCAACGAUUGACGAUGCGAAACUAUACCGUGAAAUAUUCGGAAUAUCAUUUGAAAUGACACAGCUUUUUACUGGUCAUGGGUUCAACAAAACUUAUUUGAAACGAUUUACUAUUAUCAAUGAAGACACCUGUCCAUGCGAUAAUCGAGCCCCGCAAACAAUGCGCCACCUACUCCAAGACUGCCCUCGUUAUGAUUGCGCCAGAUAUCACCACAGAAGAUCAUGCCAGCAACACGAAGUCCCAGACUUCGACUUGAAUGCGAUAGCAAAGCAAUCUUCCCUCAUCAAAUCAUUCACAGAAUUUGUAAAACAUAUUAUAAGUAACUUAAAAGCAUUUAAUGGUACAACCUGA